AUGGCUAUCGCGUCGCUGUUGGCCGUUUCGGCGCUGUUGGCUGUGUUGUUUGUUGUCAUGAGGCGCAAGUCGACCUCGUCGUUGCCGCUGCCUCCAGGGCCAAAGCCGCUGCCGAUAAUUGGCAAUGUGCAUCAAGCUCCCAAGUCGCAUGGUUGGAGAACGUAUCGAGAAUGGAGUCAGGAAUAUGGUCCGAUAGUGCACUUGAACAUGCUUGGCCAGCCGGUGAUUAUUCUCUCAACGUCGGAAGUCGCGCAUGAUCUGCUGUCGAAACGAGGCGCGACUUUUUCAGACAGACCCCGUCUUUUUUUGGCCACGGAACUGGCUCUCAAGGGACUCAACAUCCUGAUGAUGAACUACACGGAGCAGUUCAAGCAGCAUCAGAGACUCCAGGUCUCGGUGUUGAAUGCCACCCCGGCAGCGGCCUAUCUGCCCAUCCAGGAUAUGGAAUCGCGUCAAUUGAUGCAUGAUCUCCUCGCGAGUGCCGGCAAGGGCAAAGGCGGCACGGACGUCCAGGCGCCGUUUCAGCGUGCCGUUGCGAGCAUCAUUCACACGCUGCUCUACGGCUUCCGAGUGCGAGACCCCAAUGACCCUGUUCUCCGCACGGUCGUCCAGCUCAACGAUGAAUUUUCAGAAUUCAUCCAGGUUGGCGCGCACAUCGUGGACCAGUUCCCUGUCCUGAACAAUCUUCCGGGAUUCCUGGCACCGUGGAAGGCCAAGGCGGAGAAUCACUACAACACCAAGUAUGAGCUACGCGGCAAGAACUUUGAUCGAGGGAUCCAGUCGAACGCGUGGACGAUAUCCAAGCAACUCAAGAAGAGCGUGGAAAAGGAUCACCACGACAUGCCACUGAACGAACUGGCGUUCGAACUAGGGACAAUGAUCGAUGCUGCGCUGGACGGAACAACCGACAGCCUGGUCUGGUUUGUGGUGGCUUGUAUCACACAAGAUCAGCACUUUGUUGCCAAGGCUCGUCGCGAGUUGGAUGCAGUCGUUGGUCGUGAACGACUUCCGUCGCCGCAAGACAGGCCGAAUCUGCCGUAUAUCGCGGCCAUUGUGGAAGAAAUCUUCCGCUGGCGUCCGGCAGGUCCCGAGGGUGUACCUCAUUUAAAUCGCGAAGAGGCCGUCUACAAUGGAUACACCAUUCCCAAGGGCUCCGUCCUCGUGCCCAAUGUGUGGACGAUUUACAGAGAAGAGGCCGUGUACGGACCCAAUCCAGAUGAUUUCAAUCCCGAUCGAUGGCUCGAGUCGGAUGGAAAGACACUCAAGGCCCUCCCUGCUGCCGCGUUUGGCUAUGGCAGACGUACGUGUCCCGGGCGACAUUUUGCUCGCAACGCUAUCUGGCUGGUCGUCGCCCAGCUUCUCUGGUCCUUUGACAUCAAGCCGGCUCUUUCGGAGGAGACUGGCGAGCCUGUUGAGGUGGAUCCCCUUGCCUGCAGCUACGGUCUGGUCAUGAGGGCUCUGCCUUUCAAGGCUGCCUUCCACCCUCGUGGGCCCUGGGUGCAGGAAGUGAUUACGCGACAUGGUGAGACCUACGGGGAGGAUCACGAAGCGAUACUGAACCAAAUUGGCGCUGAGUUUGCCAAAAUGUAA